UCUGAGAGUGACGCCUUGCAGUUGGUUAGCCCGUCAACCAAGCUCACGUUGCAACGAUGUCAUCCACUACCAUUCUGAAACUCUGCCUGAUCAUUGCGCUUUUUCGAGUACAUUCAGCUCAUCCUCUGGAAGAAGAAGCAGUUGUCGCAAGGCCUCUUAAAUCAGGAUUACCAUGCACGGCCGGGCCAUUGGGUAUGGCCAGUGGUGAGAUCAAGGAUAGCGGGAUCACCGCUUCAACCAGCGCUGGCUCUUAUGGCCCAACCAAGGCUCGUCCGAAUUCCGGAUCAUACUGGCUUUCGAAUUAUUGUCGGAAUGAGUGGAUCCAGGUGGAUUUGGGUGCCUCCGCUGCCGUCACUGGCGUCGUAGUGAAGGGACACAGCAGUGGCAACUACUAUAUCACAACCUUCACGGUACGGUAUAGUAUGACUGGUGAGUCGGAUGACUGGCAGAGUUUAGCCGAUACGGACGGGCAAACCAUUGAGUUGGAUGUUGACGACGGAUCAGGUGAAGCAGUAACUGUCAACUUCCCUGUGACACUGAUGACCAGAUUCAUCCGCAUGCAAAUAGCUUCAUACCAAGGCAAUUGUUAUUUAAAUUUGGAAGUGCUAGGAUGCCGAGACGGCCUGGUUCGCCUAGUGGACGGUGAUGGGAAACGCUCCGGUCGAGUCGAAAUCUACCACGACGAUGCUUGGGGUGCGAUAUGCGACAACGGCUGGGACAUGAAAGAGGCCAGCAUCGUGUGUCAUCAGCUCGGCUUCUUAGAAGCAGAGGAAGCCACCAGCGUGUCCUUGGAGGAGAGUGAGGAGGAAGUACCCAUCGUGAUGAACCGAGUUUCCUGCAAAGGGUCUGAGAGGCGCCUGGUCGACUGCCCGUUUGUCUGUAGCAGCAUCCAGCAGUGUAACAGCUCACACGUAGCCGGAGUGACAUGCAAACCCAAUAUCAUUCGGUUGGUCGGCGGUUCGAACCACACCAAUGGCCGCGUCGAACUUUACCAAGGCAACGCAUGGGGCACCCUCUGCGAUACCGACUGGGAUGUGACGGAUGCCGAGGUGGUCUGCCGUCAGCUGGGCUUCUCGGGCGCAGCGGAGGCCAAGUCCGGCGCCCAUUUCGGCCAAGGGGAAGGCCCCGUGUACAUGGACGGCCUCGCGUGCGAUGGGUCGGAGAGUAAGAUCACGGACUGCCCUUCGUUUUGCUGGGAGGAGGUCGCAUGUAACCACACCCGCGACGCUGGUGUGGUCUGCCGCCAAGAUUACGUGGAAACUGUUACCGUGAGAGACACAAUCCCUCUUAAGUAAAAUAGUUCACCUCCGAUGACGACUCCAAUUCAAGGACAUCGACUUGUUUACUGUGUUUGGCAUAAUCUUCGGCUUACGCAUAGAUAUAGAAAAAAAUAGGCUUAAUGUAGAACAUACAUGAGCAUUAAAGCAUGCAUAAUCGUAAGAAAUUGCCGGAAUACAUGUAUAUUACAUUUACAAAAUUUCAAUAUCUAGUGUUAGGGUAAAGCCAGUGAUUGACUAUUUUGGGAAACCCAUGGAAACGAACUGCAAACACUUCAGACAAAACAUUUGCUCAGAUUAGACUAAGACAGAAUAUUGAAAUUAUUAUAAAUAUUCUUGAACAAACGUCAUUCUGGGAAAAAAUACGGUGCAACGUUGGAAGAUUCUAGAUGCAUCAAACGAUCAAUUUGUCAGAAAUUUUUUUUACACGAUUUCUUUCAAGCAGAUUGAAACCUAGAACGAAGGGCUAUACUAAAUAUUACAUCAGUGCCGUCGCAAUGCCCCCCCCCCCCAAAAAAAAAACAC